UGCGCUCAGAAGUGGCAGCUGGCAAGUGGCAAUACAGUCGAAAACCGACAAGCGAAAGACUUUUACUAGUUUUCUAAUUUCCUUUUUCUGUAGUUUUCGCUUAGAAAUAGUUUAAUUACUUACAAUUUGAAACAAUAAACAUUAUAUAGACUCUAGCGAACACCAUAUAAAUAAGUCAUGUGAAUUUUUCUGUCUGUGGCGUACCUAUGUGUAAAUAAUUUGUUAAAAGUGUCUCCAGAAAUCCCGCCGAUUGAUCAUAAAUUGUGAAAUAUGAGUUUUAGUCAAGGUUUAGCUAAAAUUAAAGAAAGUGAUGAUAAACCCAAGUCCACGCCCAUCGCUAAGGUGGCGCCUGAGUUGAAGCAAAAUAGUGACGCUGAUACACAGAUAUCAAAAACGUGUGCUGUUUUAGGAUGCGAAGAAUCGAAGAAUUUUAACUUCGAUUCAUUUUUUCCAUUUCCAGAGGACCCCAAUCUGAGGCAAAUAUGGACAGAUUUAACUGGCAGGAACAAUUGGACACCAACAGAUUACUCUUAUAUUUGCGUACAGCAUUUCUCUGUGGAUUGUUUUGAGUGUGAUGCAAAUAAUGUUGUGGUGCUUAUACGUAAGGCAGUGCCAUCGCUGAAGUUGCCUAAACAUGUCUUAGAGGUGGAAUACAUUGAUGAAGACACAUUAGACAAUGACGAUCAAGAAUAUUAUUCUGAAAACGACAAUGAAAUGGAUUGUGAUGAGAACGACAGACCCCUAACAAAUGGACCGACACAUUCCAGUAAAAACAUUGAUAGAUUAGAGAACACAGAAAUAAAUGUUGAAGUGCUGAAACUCUUUACGGAAGUUCAAAAAAUGCAAAAACAAGCUGUUCAAAUGAAAGAGAAAUAUAGGUACACAAUGCGGGCUUAUAACCGACAGAGCAGAUUUCUAACGAGGCUCAAAGAGGUUAUUGAAAUGAAGAAGAAUAUACUCAAUCAGAAAAGACGGAAGAAGUCUAGAAUAUUGCUGUCAUUGCAAGAUAAAAUGAAGGAGGACACUAACGGUUUGGUUCUAGCCAUGCCCACUAGACAUACGGACGAUUUGAAGAAUUUCGCGUUAAGUGUGUACAGAUAUUCCCCACAAGCAUAUAUUUACAUAAGGAAUACAUUAAGAACUCUAUUACCAAGUACUGAAAUAUUAGAAUCGUGGAUUUCCGCAGGAUAUGAACCAAAAAAUAUGCUUACAAACAGUAAUUUAAUUAGGGUGGUGUCAGAACUGUCCGAUACAGAGUUAAAUUGUAAAGUGUCUUUACGUUAGUGUUUAGAUGAGUAAAUUUUACAUAAAUUACGAAUAUUUCUGAUAUUUUGCAGUUUUCUUCAGUUUUUGAAAAUUAGAAUUGAUUAUGGACAUUCACAUCAUAAAUACAUAUUUUUUAUGGUCA